CUUCAUUAAUUGCGCUAGCUACCUGGCGUCGGUCCUGUUCUUUACGCUCAACGUCCUUUCGAAAAAACAAAAUAAUAAUAAUAAUAAGUAAAUGAAUAAAAAGAAAAGAAAAAACUCUAUUCAAACGCAUCCCACCCCAUAUUCUCGGAUAUAUCAAAAAGAAAAUAAGGAAAAUGGAUACGAAGAGGAAACUUGAGCUCGAAAGCUCCGGAGGGAUUACAGUAGGAAAGGCCGUGAAAAGGCGCAAGACACUACCCGACCCGGAACCCGAUAACGUUUCUACAAGCUCGCAAACUUCUUCAGGGGCCAAGAAACGUACAAUUAAAGCCAAAUCUCGUCUGGAGAAACUUAGAAAACUCACCAGCAAGCUUCUAAGCCGCCCGGAGCAAGUUCAAGAACUCCUAGAUGGAUCCGAACCUGACGUGGUAGUAGCUUUGGCAGAGCUUGACAAAGCAUUAUCCCCCAAAAACUCCGCACCGGAGUCAUUGUAUUAUUCACAAUCUUCUCGGGAUCGACUGCACUCCUCUUCGCUACAAUUACAUGCUCAGAAGAAACUGCCGCCUCUCCCACUUGUUCUGGAUAAACAACUACACACUGCGAUGCUCACUCACGAAGGCAUCCAUAAUCCGAACACCGCUUCUUUAUCUGAGAAAAAUUAUGAAAGGAUGGAGCUCCUAGGCGAUGCCUACAUCGAGAUUAUGGCAACCCGGCUUGUCUGGGAUACGUUUCCGCGUCUCCCAGCGGGGCGUCUUUCCCAGAUCAGGGAACUCCUAGUGAAAAACGAAACAUUGGCUGAAUACACCACUCUUUAUGGCCUAGAUCAAAAAUUGAUGGUGCCGCCUGAAAUUCGGAAUCAAGCAAAAACAUGGACGAAAGUCAAAGGAGACCUUUUCGAAGCAUACGUUGCGGCCGUCAUCUUGUCUAACCGUGACAACGGCGUCCAGCUGGUCGAGGAUUGGCUGACGCAGCUCUGGAUACCAAAGCUUGAGCAAAUAGAGAAGGAAAAGCCUGUGCUUCGAUACAAGGAGGAGCUUGCGAAACUAAUCAUGGACAAAGGAAUCAGACUAUCUUAUUUGGAUGAGAAAAAAGCCAUUAACCAUCCUGGGGGUUUACAAACGUUUUUUAUUGGCGUUUACUUAACCGGUUGGGGCCAUAAAAAAGAAUGUCUAGGGUCGGGGAUGGGGCUUAGCAAAGUUAUAGCCGGAAACGAAGCAGCCAGGAAGGCUUUGGAAAACCCCAUAACGCAGCAGGCUGCGGCCGCAAAGCAGGCAUACCAUGCAGCCAAGUCCAAAGACAAGGUGGCGGCCGGACAUCCCUUGUGAUAGCAUAUACAGCACAUAUUAUGUAGUUUAUACCCAAGCAUAUUCAUUUAAGCGCGUAAAUAGUCCUGUAACUUCCUUAGAACAGCUACUUAAUGCCGCCCGAUACCUACCUACCUAGGUACUCUAUAUAUCAUCACGUGACGUAACCCGUCUCCGCCUCCCAAUUUCUAGCAAUCAUCUCUU